AUGGCGUAGUUAUCGGAAAACAAUCAGGUUUUGCUUCCGCACCAUCACUUCGCCAGACCUCCAUCGAUUAGCCCGGGUCUCUUGCCUCCUGGUAGUCUACCUUUGCACAGCAUACCUCCUGACCUAAACCUGCCCCCUGGCUAUUUAUUGGUUGCAGUUCCAGCACAAAAUAUGAAUGCCGCGGUCGAAUACUCAGGCAGCAAUGCAAAUGUCACAUCUAGGGAGAUGGCGAUGCCUGAAGUCCUAUUAAAGUCGGUUAGUUCUGAUGAAUUACCAACUGGCGGAGCUCCACCAUCAUACGCCGAUGUACUCGCUUCUUCGGCCCAUCGACCGGCUGGCAUUUAUAAUGAUCAUCCUGUAGAAGCCAUCGGCGUCAUCCCCUCUGCACCAUCUCACUCAAGCUUCUCGUCUUCCGCCUCCUCUGACACCCUUAAGAUGGCUGGUAUUGAGAUCAUCGGUAACAGCGGCUCGGCGAUGCCAAACACUAGCGAUACUCGAGCUGAUCGGACUUUUUCUUAUCCAGAGUCUUGUAUCUCAAGCUCUUCUGCUUUUCCCAGCUCUUCUCGCUGA